UCGUUCAUUGACGUGCUUGACGUGAGUGGAGCACAGACACGACGACCAGCAAAUAAAUUCGGUUUAGCCCAAUUAGUGCAUUGAUUACGUUUCACAUGAUAGAAAUUGUAAUAUACUCUGAUACAAAACAUUUCAUCACAGGCAUCGUGACUUAAUAUAGCUCAAUAAAACAAUGGGAAAAGCUAAAAAGGGAAAGAAGGGUCAGACGACGGAGGAUGGUGAUAGUGACGUGGAGACGACUACCAUCGAAAACGUUAAACCGGCUCAAAUCAAGGGGAAGAAGAAAACAAAUGAUUCAGAAGAAAGUGAGGAUGAAAAACCAAAAGUUAAAUCUAAACAACGGAAAUCUAUUGAUUCUGAUGUAAAGGAAGUCACAAAAAACUUAAAGAAUGUCUCAGUUUCAAACAAGUCUCAAAAGAAGAAAGUAGUCAGUAGCGAUGAUGAAUCCGAUGAUAAUGAACCAGUGGAGAAACCAAAGAAGAAUAAGAAAAAGGAAGAAAAAAGUGCAUUUUCAUUGUUAGCUGUUGAAUCUGGUGAUUCCGCAGCCGAAGCCCCACCUUCAUCGGAUGAUGAAAAACCAAUUCAAAAAACACAGAAAAAGGCACCUGAAAAGAAAGAACCAGCGGGGAAAAAGGGCAAGAAGGCUAAGAGAAGGAAAGAUGACAGUGACGAGGAUAUAGAUAAAGUACUGGCCGAACUCGAAAUGGAAUAUGCCGGAAUAAAAAAAGAGGAACCACCAGCGCCAGCAGCACAGGCUGAAAAAGCUCCAGAAACCAUAGAAGAAAAACCCAAAACAAAGAAGAAAGGCAAAAAAGAGGAACCUAAACCUGAACAAGCUGAAAAUGAGGCUGAAGAUAAGGAUAGUGAUGAUGAUGGUGAGAUAACCUUAAAGACAGCGGCUCAGAAAAAGAAAGAAAAGAAGGAGAGGGAGAAACAGAAGAAGUUAGAAGCUAAGAAAAAAGAAAAAGAACAGGAAUUUAAAAAGGAACCAUCGGAACCGAAAACACCUGUUCCACCUGGAAAAGAUAAGACUGAAUCUAAACCUACGGUAGAGAAAGAUGAAGGAAAAGCUGUGGCUGAAGAUAAAGAAGCUGAUGGCGAUGCCCCAGCUGCCGACGGAAAGAAAAAGAAAAAAGGUGAUAAGGGUGACAAGGAUGAUAAGGGAAAGAAAGGUCCAACGAAAAAGACUAUUGCUGCCAUGCAAGAAGCUUUGAAAAAGGUAAAGGAAGAGGAGGAACGAUUACAAAAAGAGGAAGAAGAAAGAAUACGGCAAGAAGAAGAAAGGGAAAGGCAACGGUUGGAAGCGAUUAGAUUAGAAAAAGAGCGUAAAGAUAGAAAGAAACAGAAAGAAAAGGAGAGGAAAGAAAGACUUAAGGCUGAAGGAAAACUGCUCACUCCGAAACAGAAAGCAGAGAAAGCCAGAGCUCAGGCUUUGUUAGAUUCAUUAAAGGCCCAAGGCAUAGAGAUCGGGUCGGCCGAAAAGAAACCACCGAGGCCGGGUACCAGGAUUAAGCCAACAAAAUUGAAAACACAGAUGUCUCAGGAAGAACCAGCUACUCCGAUAGAAGAAAAGAAGGUCGAAUUGAAGACAUCAGAUGUUAAGGAAGAUGCGCCGAAGGUUGAAGAGAAGAAAGAGUCAGAAGACGAUUCAGUGAAAGACGCCUGGGACGCGGAGUCUUCAGAAGACGAGCCUGAACCGGAGAAAACGGAAAUUAAGCAAGACGAAAAACAUGAACCCGUUGAAGAAACGAAAGAGAAAGAAGAAGACGAAAGCUCAGAAGAAGAAGAUGACAGCUCUGAAGAAGACUCUAGUUCAGAAGAAGAUUCUGGUGAUGAACAGAUGACGGACGCACAGAAGAAACGGGAAUUGGUUCUUAAGAGAUUAGAGAAAAGAAAAGAAGAAAACGAGAAGAACAAAGCGGACAAUCCGUUGCGUGCGGCUGUCGUGUGUGUCUUGGGUCACGUGGACACCGGGAAGACCAAGAUAUUGGACAAGCUCCGAAGAACAAACGUACAGGACGGCGAGGCUGGCGGCAUCACGCAACAAAUAGGAGCAACUAACGUGCCCAUAGAGAACAUCAAGGAACAAACUAAACAUGUCAAAGGGGUGAAUGAGAUAUCAUUCAAGCUUCCCGGCCUGCUCAUCAUCGACACUCCCGGCCACGAGUCCUUCAGUAACCUGAGGAACAGGGGAUCGUCCCUUUGUGAUAUUGCCAUUCUUGUCGUGGACAUCAUGCACGGCUUGGAACCACAGACGAUAGAGUCGAUAAAUCUGCUCAAACAGAAGAAAACUCCCUUCAUAGUGGCGUUGAAUAAGAUCGACCGUCUGUACGACUGGCAGAGCGCUCAGCGGAAGGACGUCAGGGACAUAUUGAAGAUGCAACAACCCAACACCCAGCUGGAGUUCGAGAAACGAAGCAAAGACGUCAUAUUACAGUUUGCGGAACAGGGUCUGAAUGCUGCCUUGUUCUACUCAAACCCUGACCCUCGCUCCUACGUUUCCCUGGUGCCCACGUCAGCUGUCACAGGCGAGGGUAUGGGCAACCUGCUGGCCAUGAUCGUGCAAGCCUGUGAGGGACCCCUUCAUAAGAGGCUUGUGUUCUCACAGCAGUUACUCGCUACUGUACUUGAGGUCAAAGCGAUCCCUGGUUUAGGAACCACCAUAGACGCCAUCUUGAUCAAUGGUACUUUGAGGGAGGGGGACACCAUGGUGCUGGCGGGUACUGAUGGACCCAUCGUCACUCAGAUAAGAUCACUGCUGAUGCCGCAACCCAUGAAGGAGUUGAGGGUUAAGAACGCGUAUAUUGAGCACAAAGAAGUGGUCGGGGCCCAGGGGGUGAAGAUCGCCGCCAAGGAGUUGGAGAAAGCCAUCGCUGGACUUAAUUUACUCGUUGCACAAAAACCUGAUGAAGUUGAUGUCCUGAAGGAGGAAGUGGCCCGCGAGUUGAAGUCGGCUCUAUCAUCCAUCAAGUUGACGGAGCGAGGGGUCUACGUCCAGGCGUCGACGCUCGGCUCCCUUGAAGCCUUACUGGAGUUCCUCAGGACUAGCAAGAUCCCGUACUCCGCCAUAAGGAUAGGUCCGGUGGUGAAGCGUGACGUCAUGAAAGCCUCCGCCAUGUUGGAACACGACUCACAGUACGCCACCAUACUGGCAUUUGAUGUCAAGAUUGAACGAGAUGCCCAGGAACUAGCCGACAACUUGGGCGUGAAGAUAUUUGCAGCUGAUAUUAUAUACCACCUGUUCGACAAGUUCACAGCCUACAGGGAAGAGUUGAAACAGAAGAAGAGGGAGGAGUUCAAACACAUCGCUGUGUUCCCUUGCAAGCUGAAGAUCUUACCUCAGUUCGUGUUCAAUUCCCGGGACCCCAUCGUGGCUGGUGUCAUGGUGGAGGCUGGUAUUGUUAAAGAGGGUACUCCGAUAUGUGUACCCAGCAAGGAGUUCGUAGAGCUGGGUAUAGUGACGUCUAUCGAGGUGAAUCACAAGCAGGUGGAGAGCGCCCGCAAGGGUCAGGAGGUGUGCAUCAAGAUAGAACCCAUCCCCGGGGAGUCGCCCAAGAUGUUCGGCAGACACUUCGACGAAACCGACAUGAUGGUCAGCAAGAUAUCCCGUGCCAGUAUCGACGCUUGCAAGGAUUACUUCAGGGACGACCUCAUCAAGACCGACUGGCAGCUAAUGGUGGAACUCAAGAAGCUAUUCCAGAUCCUCUAAAUAUAUAUACAAUAGAUUUUUCUACAUGUGAUUCUCGGCCCGUCCAAGCACGGGUUCGCCUACAUUGCCGUUCCAUCUUAUCUAUGACCUACAGAAUCUCAUGUGCCCCAGCCCCCAGCCCUGGUUUGUUCCUCCACGUCUGUUCUCUAGCCCGCAGUCAGCGCCAUGUUUCCACGUGUAUAUAGCUCAUCGAGUCUUAUUUAUUGAUGUUUCCACACAGCCCCGGCCAUUUUCGAUCGCAUGACGCCACAUAAAAUACUAUGACCGUUGUAAAUAUAUAAAUUUUUUAUUUAAUUCACAUAUAUUAUUGUACAUAGAAUCUUAAAAGUAUUAUCUAUUAUUUUUUUAUAGCAUGUGCAAUAAAUAUACUCCCGUCCCUUCAUUAUUGGUCGUUUGUGACGUAUCUUAUAUUUUCAAAGUCUUGUUAUUAUCGAAGUAUGUAAUUAUUUUGAAAGCCUAUUUCUCUAUACAUCAGCAUGCUAGUAAGAGUUUGCAUGUCACAAACAUCGUCAACAGUUGUACCGUACACAGGCCACGAUAUAGUAUUAACGUGGGAUUUUUAAAGGAAUACGCUGUACGUUUCGUAUUUAGUGUGACGACACAAACUCGUGCUAAGGCAGCGUACACUAUACGAUGUUAAUGCUGGCGUUAUUUAUUCGAAGAUGUGUGGGGUUGUUAUUUUUGUAGUUUUUAUUUCUUUUGGAAAUGCUUUGUACUAUAAACAUGGAAUCAGACAUAUUCUUAUAUUGAAGAAAUUUUAAUAAAUUACGUAAUAUGUCUAA